AUGGACGGUGAAGGCGGAGAAGCCGCAGAAUUUUCUGUUGAACGUAUCGAAGAUAAACGCAAAAGAAAUGGCAAAACUGAAUAUUUUUUGAAAUGGGAAGGUUAUCCCCGAAGUGAUAACACAUGGGAACCUGUUGAAAAUCUUAACUGCCCUGAUCUAAUAGCGGCUUUUGAAGACUCGUUGAAAAAUAAAAAAAAGACUAAGAAGCGCCCUUCUUCCGCUCCAAGUAAUGAAUCGAAAGUUAAACGGAAGGCGGUAGAAGAUGAAAGAAACAGCCGCAAAACAGCAGGAUUUGAUCGCGGUUUAGAACCCUUAAAGAUUUUAGGUGCUACAGAUUCUUCAGGAGAACUAAUGUUUCUCAUGAAAUGGAGUGGAAGUGACGAGGCUGACUUGGUGCCCGCAAAAGAGGCGAAUACCAUGUGUCCCCAAAUUGUUAUCCAAUUUUACGAAGAACGAAUCACUUGGUAUACACCUGGAUCUGACGAUGAUAAAAAAGAAGGCAACUCUGAGUGA